UGUUCUCUAUCAGUGUGAACCAUGGUACGAUAUUUGGAGUGCAGAGCGUUGGAGAAGGAUGCAACGAACCCAAAGCGGUAUUGUGAACAGGAGAAGAGACCAGAAUAAGUUAACCGGGAUGCAUUAUUUUUGAAUGCGCCAAUUUUCACACCGACACUUCGCCUGUCAUUCAAGUUUGCUAGACGAAGUUUAACCGAUAUUGUGCCAUAAUAAAAGAUAACGGACGGAUGGAAGGGGCUAUUUUUGUCCGCUAAGACUCAAAGGGAUAAAAUAAUGGAGACAACUCUGAAAGCAAUAACGCGUUAAGCAUUCAAGUGCUGCAGUGUUUAUAAGAGCACAGAGGACAGGCAAUUAUCAAUUUGGGUCAGUGAAUGUUCGCUUAUAUACCAUAGUCCAAUGUUGUAUGCGUGCAGAGGGAAAUUGGAGAGAGCAAGCCCGUGCAUCCGGAUGGCAGGUAGUCUAUGGCACUUUGCAAAAUAAUAGAUAAACGCCCACUAUCCAAAAUUAUCCUUUCAAGGUAGCCUAUUGGUAGACAUUUACACUGAUAAUCCGGACAAUCGGUGCAUAUUCAUUUAUCCGGGGUGGUGACAUUUGGAGAGUGGGUGGACAGUGGCCUUAUCAGCAUGCAAUGUCCCAUAUUGCUGGACACGUUUCAAACCAGAAACCUACAUGUGGCCGCUGAUGCACUUUAAACGCAAGACUAGAGAGGUCGACACAUUCUAUCCCCUCACACAUUCCAACUACUGUGAGUGUUGUCUCUGGUUGAUUGUUUUUGUUGUUGAAGUUUUUCCCUAGGUGUUUGCCCAAGUCACGCUAUAGCUGUGCACUCUGAGGGAUUUAGUGAACUUCGUUCGCACUCUUUGUCUAACUCGAUUCCCCGUCCCUUCUUUUUUCGGAGGUAAAAUGGCAGUAGAGAGCCAAGGAGCAGGAAUGGCUCUCGCGUUUUGGGACGGCUGUAAUGGUUUGGGAUUUAUUUUGAUUUUUCUUGUGGAUUUACUGGGAAUAACUGCAAGUAACAUGGAACCUAUUUAUUGGAAUACAUUGAACAAGAGGUUUCAGGAUGACAGGGGGUAUGUGUUGUACCCCCAGAUAGGGGAUCGUCUAGACCUGAUCUGCCCAGCCUCCAACCCCCAAGGCCCCCGCUCCCCCAGUGAGUAUGAGUACUACAAGCUGUACCUGGUGUCCACGCGCGAGCAGGCUGACCGCUGUGAGGUGAUGGGCGCGCCAAACCUGCUGCUCACCUGUGACAAGCCCAACAGUGACAUGCGCUUCACCAUCAAGUUCCAGGAGUUCUCCCCCAACCUGUGGGGACAUGAGUUCAAGACCCUGCAGGACUACUACAUCAUAGCUACCUCAGAUGGGACAAGGCAGGGACUGGACAGCAUGAGAGGAGGAGUGUGUGUGACACGUGGGAUGAAGGUGAUUCUCAAAGUGGGACAGACUGCUUAUGGCCUCCCACCCAAACCCAAACCAGACCCAAACCGCUUCAACCCCAAAGGGAAUGGGACGACACCCAAGGUAGGUGGCGAGGGCGAAGGAAACAACGGGAACAACCCUCCACCCUCCUCUAGUGUGGCGGUGAUCGCUGGAGCGGUAGGGGGGGGAGUCUUCCUCCUCAUCGUGACCGCAGUCAUCUGUGUGGUGUGUUACCGCUGGCGACAGAACAAGCACUCUGAGACUCACCACCCCACCCUGACCCUGACCACCCUCACCCCCAAGAGGGGCAGCACCAGCGGGGCCGGCUGCUCCGCCGGAGGCAACAACGGCUCAGAGCCCAGUGACAUCAUCAUCCCGCUACGGACUUCAGACUCGGCCUACUGCCCGCACUAUGAGAAGGUGAGCGGGGACUACGGCCACCCCGUCUAUAUCGUCCAGGAGAUGCCCCCCCAGAGCCCAGCCAACAUCUACUACAAAGUAUGAGAGAUGGACAGCCACACAGCCCGGCUGACAUAGACAUACAGGUGUACCAACACAUAGACUGCUGUUUUCAACUUAGAAAUACAACUGUCCCUCUAGCUCCCUCCACUCCCUCACUCGCCCCACCUCCCUCUCUAUGGCUGACUGUUUGGGAUGGCUAUCCUCAACCUCCUGCACCAUGGACUGUGCUGUACAGUGCUCUGACACUGUGGAUGGAUGGAUGGAUGGAUGGAUGGAUGGAUGGAUGGAUGGAUGGAGGGGUGGAUGGAUGGAUGGAUGGAUGGAUGGAUGGAUGGAUGGAUGGAUGGAUGGAUGGAUGGAUGGAUGGAUGGAUGGAUGGAUGGAUGGAUGGAGGGGUGGUUGUGUCUGGGUGGAGAUAUUGAUCUGUUCCCUGCUGUGAACCCAAUGAUGGAGGCUGUGAGUCCUGGACAUGUGGGCCAUUAAGCUGACGGACUGUGGCAGCGACUCAGUCCCCACCUCUCACUCAAAGUGAGGACACUGGAUAUGAAAUGUCAAACCUUUUCAAAGUGUUUGUGUGUGUGUGUGUGUGUGUGUGUGUGUGUGUGUGUGUGUGUGUGUGUGUGUGUGUGUGUGUGUGUGUGU